AUCCAUUCCUUUUCCACCAUCCUAGUCACUCGUUUACCCCAAUUCUACAAGCCAAUAAUAAUUCAGACCUAAUACCAUUCUCACAAAACCAAAAACCAAAAAUCAUCAACAAUGUAUUCAAUACUUCUUCUCGCCAGCCUCGCCAGCCUAGCUGCCGCCCAAAACAAAGCCUCAACCACCAUCCUCAUGCCCUGGAUAGGCGGCGACAUACCCAACGGAAGUCCUCUAACCGACAUAUCCGCCUCCAUCAUCAGUGCCAACCCCACCGCCACAACCGUAUCCCUAAAGUGCGCCGCCCCCACCGUCGACUGCGGUCUCUUCCCCGCCGAGGUCUACGUCUUCGGGCCCUCCACUUACAACAUCAACAUGGGUGACCCGAGCCCCGAAGCCGACUUCACGGGAACCAUGGACUGCGUGAUUGCCAAGAGCGCCGUGUGCAAGGAGAGUGCGAGUGGGACGGAGGCAAAUUUCCCGGGCAGCAGUACCGAGACGUAUGAUGCGGACGAUGUGGCUACGGUUGGGUUGGUGGUUACGGCUGGGUUGGAGAAGUUGGAUUUCAAGGUUGAGGCUAGUACGACGGUGGAUGGAAAGAGUUCUGCUACUUCGACGGCGGUGGGUGGAUCUGCUGGAUCGAUGUCUUCGGCACAGCUUCCUGCUAGCACGAGCGUGAGUGUGACGGGUAGUGCGGCGACGCCGGCUGCUACGGGUGCGGCUGUUGUUAAUACUGUUGGUGGCGGACUUUUGAGUAUUGCCGCUGGUUUACUUGGGGGACUGCUACUGUAGUGCGAAUGCAGUUGCGAUUGCUAUAGGUCUACGAUUAGCUGACUAUACACGUACUGAAACCCGUACUGAAUCUUAUGUACCAAAUACUAUAGGGACAUUCACA